AUGGUGUGUCCUUCCCUCCGCUUCAUCGCCCCCUGCCGUUCAAGACCAACGCAUCCAAAGGUCAUUGUUAACGACAAGAAGUUUGCCUGCGAGGCGUGCAUCAAGGGCCACCGCUCCUCCGGCUGCAAACACACCGAGCGCCCCCUUUACGAGGUCAAGAAAAAGGGCCGGCCGAUAUCCCAGUGCGACCACUGUCGCGAGCUGCGCAAGACCAAACGGAAGCAUGACAAAUGCAACUGUGUCUCUGCCACUCACCCUCCUCCGUCGAACCCGCCGCUCGCGCCUGCCCCCACGGGUUCAAAGCCUAAAGUUCCACGCUUCAAACCCAUUGCUCCCGCCCUGCCAAACGGCCUCAGAGACAUCCUCCCUAAGCCCUCCAACUCCAAGCAUGGAUGCCGCUGUAAGGUCGAUGACGCUUCGGGCUGUACUUGUGGCGACAAGACGGGCCCGUCCAAGGCGGCUCCACCGAACAGCUCGAGCGGCCUGGACGCCCUUGCGCAAGCGGCCAUGUUCUGCGAAGGCGAAUCACGUCUCCCGGAGAAUCCUCCAGCCUCCACCGAGAUCGAACAUCCUGAGACCGUUACCGACGAGGACCCUGCCCCGCGCAAACGCUGCUGCUCCGGCUCCGGCUCCGGCUCCGCCAGCUCCCGCCCCCCAUCACCGAAGCCCAAACGGCCCCGGGGGACGUCGGUAUACGAGCUCCUCUCCCCUCCGUACGGAGGCCCCGCCGCUACCGCGCGCUCAUCGAUCGAUGUGCCCCCGCCAGCUUUCCCUCCCGUCGCCGCCUACCGCCCCGUGACAUCCACGUCCGACGCAUGCUGCUGUGGCAUGCAGUGCGCCUGCCCCGGCUGCGAGGUCCACCGCGGCACGGAGCACGCGUCCAAGGACCACAAGGACUGCACCGCGGGCGAGUGCGCGACGUGCGUCGACAACGACGCCGGCGCCGGCGCGCUCCCCGCCCGCACCCUCGCGUACAGCCAGGGGAACGCCACGGCCCCGCCGUCUGCGCCGGGCUCGAGCGUCGGCGCGUCGGCGUACAUCGACGCCUUCUUCGCGGCGGCGGCCGCGCUUCCCGCCCCACCUCCCGGCCGCCGCGGCCUGCUCGCGCUCGACCCGACGGACGUGCGGGUGUACCCGCGGGAGGUGCUCGCGGCGGGCGCGGAGACGCGGUCGCUGUUCGGGCUCGUGGACUUCUCGUUCUCAUGUUCGGCCAACUUGGAUGUAGGCUCUGCCAGGCUCCUCUGGGCGUCAGCAUAG